GCGUAGUAAUCUUCAGGGGAGGAUCCUACCAAAUGUAGUAGGGACUGGCGCGCGCGGCGCCAAGCGAACCCCCCUCUGUCCCAGCGGUCACUGGCCGGGUGGCAGCAGCUGCUGCAGCCGCAACUGCUCGAGUCCCUGCCGCGGCUCGGGUUUCCUCCCUCCUCCAGCAUCUAGGGACAGACGGGUGAAAACCUUGCUCAAGUUAGCUGCAAGUACUUUCUUUAUACUUAAAACUGGGGGUCUGGAGACGCAUUGGGACUUAUCUCCUUUCCCGCGUCUCUGCCUUUGAGCCUGAACCAACACCGCUAAGUAUCCCACUUCUGGGACGCUGUUCGGAAGCUAACGGCGCUAUUUGGAACAGAAUUUGUUUCUCAGCUGGCUUUCGUAAAAAUUCGGAGAAAGGGUUGCGCUGUGAAUCUCAGGAUCUCGGGACCGGGUGAUGAACAUGAAUCUGACUCAUCAUUAACGAUAAGGAAUCUAAAAAUUUAAUGACUUGGGACAGGUUGCUCUUCAGGAGAAAAAAUGGUUAUUUCUUUGAACUCAUGCCUGGGCUUUAUCUGUUUACUGUUCUUCCACUGGAUCAGAACAACAUCACCCUUGAAUCUUGAAGAUCCUAAUGUGUGUAGCCACUGGGAAAGCUACUCAGUGACUGUGCAAGAGUCAUACCCACAUCCUUUUGAUCAAAUUUACUACACAAGCUGUACUGACAUUUUGAACUGGUUUAAAUGCACACGGCACAGAAUCAGUUAUCGAACUGCCUAUCGACAUGGAGAAAAAACUAUGUACAGGCGCAAAUCUCAAUGUUGUCCUGGAUUUUAUGAAAGCAGAGAAAUGUGUGUCCCCCACUGUGCUGAUAAAUGUGUCCAUGGUCGCUGCAUUGCUCCAAACACCUGUCAGUGUGAGCCUGGCUGGGGUGGGAUCAACUGCUCCAGUGCCUGUGAUGGUGAUCACUGGGGGCCCCACUGCAGCAGCCGAUGCCAGUGCAAAAACAAGGCUCUUUGCAACCCCAUCACGGGGGCUUGCCACUGUGCUGCAGGCUUCCGGGGUUGGCGCUGUGAGGACCGCUGUGAGCAGGGCACCUACGGUAAUGACUGUCAUCAGAGAUGCCAAUGCCAGAAUGGAGCCACCUGUGACCAUGUCACGGGGGAGUGCCGCUGCCCACCAGGAUACACCGGAGCCUUCUGUGAGGAUCUUUGUCCCCCUGGCAAACAUGGUCCACAGUGUGAGCAGAGAUGUCCCUGCCAGAAUGGAGGAGUAUGUCAUCAUGUUACAGGAGAAUGUUCCUGUCCUUCCGGCUGGCUGGGCACAGUGUGUGGUCAACCUUGCCCUGAGGGUCGCUUUGGAAAGAACUGUUCUCAAGAAUGUCAGUGCCAUAAUGGAGGGACAUGUGACGCCACCACAGGCCAAUGUCAUUGUGGUCCAGGAUACACAGGGGAACGAUGCCAGGACCAGUGUCCCGUUGGCAUGUAUGGAGUUCGCUGUGCUGAGACCUGCCAGUGUGUGAAUGGAGGAAAGUGCUACCACGUGAGCGGCACGUGCCUCUGCGAAACCGGCUUUGCUGGCGAGCGCUGUGAGGCCCGGCUGUGUCCCGACGGGCUCUAUGGCAUCAGAUGUGACAAGCGGUGCCCCUGCCACCUGGACAACACUCUCAGCUGUCACCCCAUGUCUGGAGAGUGUGCUUGCAGACCGGGCUGGUCAGGACUCUACUGUAAUGAGACAUGUUCUCCCGGAUUCUACGGGGAAGCUUGCCAACAGAUCUGCAGCUGCCAGAAUGGAGCUGAUUGUGACAGUGGGACCGGAAAGUGCACCUGUGCCCCAGGAUUCAAAGGAAUUGAUUGCUCUACCCCAUGUCCACUGGGAAGCUAUGGGAUAAACUGUUCCUCUCUCUGUGGCUGUAAAAACGAUGCUCUCUGCUCUCCUGUGGAUGGGUCCUGUACUUGCAAAGCAGGCUGGCACGGGGUGGACUGCUCCAUCAGCUGUCCCAGUGGCACCUGGGGCUUCAGCUGUAACUUAACCUGCCAGUGCCUCAACGGGGGAGCCUGCAACACCCUGGAUGGGACCUGCACAUGUGCACCUGGAUGGCGUGGGGAGAAAUGUGAACUUCCUUGCCAGGAUGGCACAUACGGGCUCAGCUGUGCCGAGCGCUGUGACUGCAGCCAUGCAGAUGGCUGUCACCCCACCACGGGCCAUUGUCGCUGCCUCCCUGGAUGGUCAGGUGUCCACUGUGACAGUGUGUGUGCUGAGGGACGCUGGGGUCCCAACUGCUCCUUACCCUGCUACUGUAAAAACGGAGCUUCGUGCUCCCCUGAUGAUGGCAUCUGUGAGUGCGCGCCAGGAUUCCGAGGCACCACUUGUCAGAGAAUCUGCUCGCCUGGUUUCUAUGGGCAUCGCUGCAGCCAGACCUGUCCACAGUGUGUGCAUAGCAGUGGACCCUGCCACCACAUCACCGGCCUGUGUGACUGCUUGCCUGGUUUCACUGGCGCCCUCUGCAAUGAAGUGUGUCCCAGUGGCAGAUUUGGGAAGAAUUGUGCAGGAAUUUGUACUUGUACCAACAAUGGAACUUGUAACCCCAUUGACAGAUCUUGUCAAUGUUACCCUGGUUGGAUCGGCAGUGACUGCUCUCAGCCUUGUCCACCUGCCCACUGGGGCCCGAACUGCAUCCACACGUGCAACUGCCACAAUGGAGCCUUCUGCAGUGCCUACGACGGGGAAUGUAAAUGCACUCCUGGCUGGACAGGCCUUUACUGCACUCAGAGGUGUCCACUGGGGUUUUAUGGAAAGGACUGUGCCUUGAUAUGCCAGUGCCAAAAUGGAGCUGACUGUGACCACAUCUCCGGGCAGUGUACUUGCCGCACAGGGUUCAUGGGAAAGCACUGUGAGCAGAAGUGCCCUGCAGGUACAUAUGGCUAUGGCUGUCGCCAGAUAUGUGACUGUCUGAACAACUCUACUUGUGACCACAUCACUGGGACCUGUUAUUGCAGCCCGGGAUGGAAGGGGGCUCGAUGUGAUCAAGCUGGUGUUAUAAUAGUUGGAAAUCUGAACAGCCUAAGCCGCACCAGUACGGCUCUGCCUGCUGACUCCUACCAGAUCGGGGCCAUUGCGGGUAUCAUCAUUCUUGUCCUAGUUGUUCUUUUCCUCCUGGCGUUGUUCAUUAUUUAUAGACACAAGCAGAAGGGAAAGGAAUCAAGCAUGCCAGCAGUUACCUACACCCCUGCCAUGAGGGUCAUGAAUGCAGACUAUGCCAUUUCAGAAACCCUGCCUCACAGCAAUGGUGGGAAUGCCAACAGCCAUUACUUCACCAAUCCCAGUUACCACACCCUUACCCAGUGUGCCACUUCUCCACAUGUCAACAACAGGGACAGGAUCACCAUUGCAAAGUCCAAAAACAAUCAACUGUUUGUGAAUUUGAAAAAUGUGAAUCCAGGCAAGAGGGGUCCAUUAGUGGACUGCACAGGUACUCUGCCCGCGGACUGGAAACAUGGUGGCUACCUCAACGAGCUCGGUGCUUUUGGACUUGACAGAGGUUACAUGGGAAAAUCCUUGAAAGACCUGGGAAAGAAUUCUGAAUAUAACUCAAGUAACUGCUCCCUGAGCAGUUCUGAAAACCCUUACGCCACAAUUAAAGACCCACCUGUACUCAUCCCCAAAAACUCAGAGUGUGGCUAUGUGGAGAUGAAGUCGCCAGCACGGAGAGAUUCCCCGUAUGCAGAGAUCAACAACACAACUUCAGCCAACAAGAAUGUUUAUGAAGUUGAACCUACAGUCAGUGUUGUCCAAGGAAUAUUCAGCAAUACUGGACAUCUCACCCAGGAUCCAUACGACCUCCCAAAGAACAGUCACAUCCCUUGCCAUUAUGACCUGCUGCCAGUUCGAGACAGUUCAUCCUCCCCCAAGCCAGAGGAUGGUGGUGGCAGCAGUACAAGUAGCAACAGCAGUGAAUGACACCAAAGGACCACUGGGUAGCCACUGGAACCCCUUCUAGAACUGAAGUUCAGUUCAUUUCCAUCCUCAAGUUUGCCACCUCCCAUGAAUGUUAAUCUACUUGGUAGGCAGUUGUUGGAUGUGAACCAGAAGGCGCAAAACUCACUGACUAUAGGUCCUGUUUGUGCAGUUGGUAUGGAAGGAGAUUAUCAAUGUAAUUUCUCCUUCCUGAUAGUUUUAGAACUGUACCCGUGAAGCAUGACUUAUUGUAAAAUCUUGACUAAAAGCAUGACUUGCAGCACUCCUUCGGAGAAACGGGUUGUGAUGGAUAUUGGUAUUAUUGCUUGAAAAAUUAAAUUUCAAAUAUUUUCUUGCUCAUUUAGUUAGCAUAGCUGUACCUAGGAUUGUGCAGUUUACCAUUAAAUUUACUUUAAGUGUGAAUCAUUAAACAUGUACAAGGAGAGGUGCACACUACUGAGUCUGUAGUGUGCUAGACUCAAAGAAGUACAGAGAUAAUACACAACCCAGGAAGAAACAGUCUUUCAAGUGGCACAGUAAAAGACUUUGAGUAAAAUCUAGAAGUGGGUAGCAAAUUUAAAUAUGAAAAUUUUAAACCUUUUUCUUUUUAGAAUAAAGACAUGUAUAAUUAGAAUUACUUUUAGGAAUACUAGAAUUACUGCAGGGAUGAGAAUACAGAUGUGCCAAGCAGAGGUGACUCUUCUUUCUGUUUGACCCUAAGCCCCCUCUAAAUCUAUGUUGCCAUCAUUCUGACCACUGGCUCCAUCAUACACAUUCUCCACUUGAGAUCCAUAGCAUAUCAGUUAUUAUUUCAUCAAUAGAAAAAUGGAUAAUUUUAUUUUUGACAGACUGGAUUGAAUGAGUGUAUAAUGAUAGGAAAAAGUUGUAAAUUUUAAGUGCAAGAAGACGCUUAAGUUUUGUAAGCCAUUAGUAGUACAUGCUGUAAUAUAGAAUUAGCAGACUUUUUUGAUUAAUUUUUCCCUAGAAGUAACUGAAUAUUUUUGUGCAUAUUUGAGAAGAGGGCACUUUCCUUUUAUUAAUUGUUGGUUUAGAGAAACUAUGCUUAAGCUGGUCUUUUGCAUUGCUAAUAUGACAUGUACCCAUUUUUUCAUUAAUUUGUAUUUUCAUUUUUAAGAUGUAUAUGCUAUGUUUUGUAGUGUUUGUAUUGUUAAUGAAAAAUAUAUGUUCAUUGUUUCUUGUAUUAUCGACACUUAUCUUUUUGCGUGAUCAAAAUGCAUUGUUCUUUUUGCUUUUGGAAGGAAAUGAAAAAUAUAUCAUUCAAAUGAACUGAAAGUGGUUAUUACUAAAAUAGUACAAUAACUGUAGGUGAUAACUUAAAAUUGAAAUAGAGAUGCUUUUUCAUAUUCCAAAGUGGAAUUCCUUUUGAUCUGUGGGUUCCCUGAGUCUGUGUUAAACCAGAGAAAAUGGAUGCUGAGAGCAACUGUUGCUGACUAAGUACCAUAGACUGAUCUUACUGAAGGUCAUCAUUAGGGUGAUCAUGUAAUUGACUAUCCAAACUGGGGAAUGAUUGAAUGUAAAUGGAGUCUUUUUUAAUAACUUAUCUGCUGUGUGUUCCAGCAGCUGAGAACAAAUGGUCAUUUUAUGUGUACUCACACAUUAACAUUUUUACUCCAAGCUAGUUUUUUUAUAAGAAUGCUGAUAUGAUGCAAGAAAGCCAGUUUCUA